ACGUCUGCUAGUGUUCAGUGUUGGCAUAUACUUGUGAUUUGCUAUCUGACUACAGACAUGGAAUUCUUCUCUUUCUUACUAAGUAUUUUUGUUUCUACAGCUGUACUUAAAGAACCGACCACAGAUCCCAGGAAUUUCACACAUGUUGUUCCUGAACAUGAGCUGUCUGAUCGUCAAUAUUACAAUGGUCCAGACUUCAGCCAAGCACCUACAGGGUCACUGAAAGUAGAUAAUGCUGCAUUAUCUGAUGACAUGGAUGACCUCACUAAGCUAAAUGAUGAACUUGAUUUGACAAAGGAGAAUACUCAUCUUGAAUCCACAAACACACUGAAAUCUGGAAUGGACACCAAGGAGCAUUUUCAACAGUACACCGCAGAAACAUCUGCAGCUGAAAUGGAAUACCUUGAACAAUGGUAUGAUGAGUUCAGUAUGGCAACAGGGCAAGGUGAUCAGGACUCUCGUACACCUCAAUCAGAGCUCAAUACAACAGUAUGGAAUGAAACAUCAGGAUUGCAGGUGGAAAACACGCCCUUGUCUACAACUACCAUUAUUCUUAAAGUAGCCUUUGUCAUGCUAAUAUUAUUCAGUUUUGCUCUAAACACUGCAGCUAUGUGGAUUAUGUUGAGCAAGAAUUUUACAUUCCUCUCCAUUAAGUACAAUGUUACAUACAGAAUGAAGUACAGUAGUGCAGAGCUGCUUACUGUAGAAAACGAGGAUACAGUAUCUGUUUAAAAAGCGCAAACCUCCUCCUCCAUAAACAUAUCGAUCAUAAACCAAAAACCAACUGCCCCCUCCUCCUCCUCUGUUCCCCCAAACAUAGUCAGUUUUUAUUUCCCUCUCAUCAUCGUCUACCACCCCCAUCACCCCUAUCUGAGUGUUUCAUUACUGAUUAUGUAAA